AAAUCAAUUUCUUAAUCAAAUCAAUGUAAAAUGUCUACUCCCUAUGUAAAAUUAAAGCAGCCUUUGAACGAGUAUGCGUUACUAUGCCGUGGUUGCUUGGCCGAAUCAGGGGAGAUGAAGAAUAUGCAGGAAUGGGGCUUGGCGGACGAUUUUUACAGGAUUGCCGAGGUGCCAAAAAGAGACAAUGUAACUGAACUUCUAUGUACAAAUUGCGAAGAGAGCUUGUUGCGGUGCAGGGGCUUCAAACAGCGGUGCCAGGACUCGGAUGCCUUCCUCAAGGACACUGCUAAGAAAAAAAAUCCAGACUCACCAGAAAACACAAUAACCUGUGUCCUAAACGCCAACACACUAAACAUUAUCAUCACAGCCCAAGACAUGGAAUCCAAAAUCCUCCUCCCCUGUCCGUACGCCGUUGGUAACAAAUGCUCCGAGAAAUACUUGAAGAAGAAAUAUUUAUAUAACCAUUUGGUGAAGCAUCACGGCUUGUCGGAGAAGCUGGUUAUAGAGUGCCGGUUUUACUGCAGCCACGAGGAGUGCUCGUACUUCGUUAAUGCAGGCAAUAAUAAGUUUUUCACCGAACGUAAAUACCUAAAUCAACAUUACAACAAAGUACACAGAUCUAAAAUCAUCUGUGAGCAAUGUCACAUGAGUUUCACCGACGCAGAAUAUGAACGACACUUGAAAGUAUGCAACGUCACAUAUCUAUGUCAAAUAUGUAAUAUACAGUAUAAGAAUAACGAGAGAUUACUAGUACAUUUAAUGAGAAAACAUCCUCAAAUACACGAGAAAUAUAAAAGAGGGCGAAAGAACAAAAUAUCUGAAACGACCACAGAGUGUAAAAGAAUGAAAAUCGAAGAGAAACUUGAAUAUAUCUGCGACAGUCCUAAACGAACAUCAGCUACUCAAACACGUCCGGAAGAAAAUAUCAAAAACGACGUCAGAUUACCUUCAUGGAAAAGCGAUGGCGAAGCGAAAACCGAUGAGAUCUCAACGCAAACAGUUUUCGAAGAUUUACUUUCACUUAGAUCUCAAACAAGCGAAGACGACUCAAUAUUUUUUUCAGAAACAGUCUCAUUAUCUGACAUUCAAACUCAAACAUUCCCUAUAGAAUUCGGUUUAAGUAGAUGUAACAAGCAAACGGCUACUGAAACGCAGUCUCCUGAUUUAAGUAUAAAAGAAACGCAGACGUGUCUAUGCCUGUAUGAUUCGAAGUUCAAAUUUUUUGACAGCGUGUCUUCGAGUCCGUUGACGCUGGCGUCUACGGAGACCCAGACGGGAGACAAGUUUGGUGUGAAGGACGAUAUCUUGAGCUUCCAUGACACUGAGACGCAGACUUGCUUUGAGGAAGAGUUGUGACAGUGGUCUUACUUUCAACUGUAAGUUGCAUACUGUAUCACUAGUGUUCGACCGAAAUUUCGGUAAGCUUCGGUUUAAUAGUCAUGUUUCGGCUGAAUGUUCGGAUUCGGCCAAAAAGCCGAAACUUUCGACCGCGAGUGCCGCGAUGAAACUGCAUGUUCUAUAGUGUCAGAAUGGUCGGAUCGAAGUUUCGGUUUCGGCAUAAAAAUCAUGUUUCAGCCGAAGGUUCGGUUUCGGCUGAAACAAGAGCAAAACCGAACCUUGAGUUUCGAUUACUGCAAAAAUGCGGUUUCGGUCGGACACUGUUUCACAAAGUCCAAGUAUUGGAUAGCUAAUUAACAAAUAAAUUAACUGCCAGAUAAAACUUCCUGCAAAACUUAGCACUUUAUCUACCAGAUAAGCUUAUUUGAAUAUCAGAUAAGUGGCAAGUAGCUUAUUCAGGACUUUACUUGGACAUUGUGAAACAGGCCCUAAGUAUCACAUUGAAGGUCAGAGGCUGUAGUGCGAUGCUUGUAGAAGCAUAAAAAAAUGCGAUUUUCAAAUGCAUAAUAAUUAUUAAUAUUAUUAUAUCUGUAGCUAUAAGUGAACGGAAAUGUUUUAGGGGCCACUUAAUAGAGAAAAGUACAUUUUCAUAAUAAGUAUGGUACAGGUAGAUAUUAGUGCAAUACAUUAUGUUAGAUUAAUUAAACAGUAGGUAAUUAAAUUAGUAAGAAAUGUUAUGCUUUUAAACAUUGUCCUAAUAGGGUCAAAGAUUUAAAAAAUCGUAUGCUUUUAUCAUACAUUCAUUGAUUAUAUGUAUAGCAUGUUUAAAACCUUUUGAAUGCCAGACGGCUAAGGAAUAUGCCCUACCCCGGUCGCCAGGUGAUCGCGAUUAUUUAAGCGAAAUUGAACUUUACGGAGUCCGGUGUAAGUCCCUAUUGCAUUGGCGAUGCUGUCGGCUGUGGCCGUCGUUGGAGUCCUUGGCAUGACUUCCCGAGGACGCCUUAGGCCCUCAGCACGCAGGGCGGAAACGUAAAAAAUGCGUAAGCGUAUCGUAAUACGCGCGUAGAACGAGAUCGCUACGAGCACGUACAAGUUCAAACGAGUCCACACGACGCGUCGUCGUAGCGUAGCGUAUGAGAUUUAUGUCGUCAUUACGACAGGUGUAGCGUAAUACAGGCGUAAAAAACAAAACUUCUGACAUAAUCAAACAAAAAAAAAGACAUCUGACGAGGAAGUAAGAUCGUUGAUACAUCCGCCGAAGAUAUCUGACGCCAAUGACGCCAUGAUUUCAACUAAGAUUUCACUUAUAAAACGAUUACGCUUGGGCGACGCUUGGUGCUCAGAACUCUACGCGUCCCGUAUUCGUAACGAAUUUACGAAACGCUUAUUACGCUUAGUGUUAUAGGCGUUAUAGCUAGUACAUGGCGCUCGACCGUCACGGGAUUGUAAAACGUCCACUUUUGACAAUCAGUUACCGCAUAAUGUACGGUACCUUACAGCGCCAUCUAAUCAGCAAGCAAUCGUGUACAAUAAUGUAUACUAAAGUAAUAGGAUACACCUAAUAUUUAUUUUUAUAGCACGAUUUUCUUUCUAAAGGUAAAUAUAUGUACACGUGGCGCGCUCUUAUGAGUAGGACGGUGCAGUCGUUGCUCCAGUCUAAGAUCCUCAAAACGGAUCGAAAUAUUUCGAGCGUGUAUUCGACUUAAUAAUACGUGAGUAACCAGUUUAAAAUAAUUUUAAUAAGUAUGUUAUAAAUUAUAUUAACGUGUUAGAAAGAAACGGGGAGGGGCCUGUCCACCCCUUACCCCUUCCCAGAAAAAAGCCUUUAAAUGGCUUAGUCGUUUAUCAAAUAGCCCCAACGAUUGGGUUCCCUUUUGAAUUGCUUACCCGUUCAUUUGACGUAGCUCUAUGAAGGAGUUUCCCUUUCAGAGAUACUGCUGAUAUGAAAGGGUUCUACCCUUCUUAAUUCAAAUAAUUAGGACACCGUGCUAUCAACGCGCUAGACACCCAGUCCUUCACUUUAAACAUAAAUAAGCAAAAUUUUAUUAUAUUUUUACGAAGAGACAGUUAAAAAUGGCAUAAGUGUUAUGAUUUAUAUUUAUAAUCGAUACCCCUUUAAGAGGUUAGCGCUUAGGAACGGGCAUCAGCUUACCCGUAUUAUGAUGCACUUAAAAAGCCAAAUGAAAGGGUUUUAGUUAGCAACGGCUUUGGUAAGCAAAGCCUUACGAAAUACCCCUUCCAAAACCCUUUAAGGGGAUACCGGACCGGUCCCUGGAGACGGGUGAAUUCAUCAUCUAUAUGUAAUUAUGUAUUCCGUAGUAAAUGUGAUAUCGUGAUAAGUAUAGUUAGUUUGUCCAUUGCAUAUACAGUCAAAUAAUUUAAUUUCAGUACCAUUUCGUACAGUGUGACAAUAGUAUGAGGUCCCUCGACUUUCAUGUUGAUUGUCACUGUGACGGCUGUGUGAAGGUACGAAAUGGUACUGGUUAUUUUUUUGGCUGUACAGUCGCCAUCAGAUAUAUCGAAGCGGCCGAAGUGCCCAAAAAUUUCUCAGCACGCCCUCUAACGCCUUGACAAUAAAGGCGUGUUGAGAUAUUUGUGAGCACCUAGGCCGCUCCGAUAUUUCUGAUGGCGACUGUACAUAGAAAGUCAAUAACAAUUAAGUGUCAAAAAGAACCUAGAAGAAGUUAGUCUAUUUUUUGUUAAGUUCGCUAGCUAUCCAAAAACCUAUGUUAAGUAAUGUUUAUCAACUCAUUCACUGCUAAGCUACACUCGUAGCGCUACAUAGUAGCAUCGUUUACUCGGCAUAAAUGCAGCAAAAUUAUAGCUAAAUAUGUUAAAAGCGCUUGCACUUAUUGUGUUUGUAAAUGAUAAUGAUGACGGAUCAAGAACCAGCAUGCGAUUUUCGUUACAUUGCAGUAUUUGGUCGAUCGACUGAAUUUAUUGUACUCUACACAUCGCAAUGUAUGGAAUAUUGCAUGCAAGUUGUCGCGCCGUGUAACUGGAGCUUAACUAAGGGCGUAGUCAGCCAGUGAACUGUGGAUAAGGAUACUUUGGGCAAGUUGAUAUAGCCGGAGUCCCCUGCAGACGCCGCAGAGGGGCAUUGUAAGUAAAAUUUGAGCUCCAGGGCCCCCCCACUGCCUGUACCUGCCUACGCCCAUGGGCUUAACUAAUACUAAAGAUGAUUACUAAGUGUCCAAAUAAAUGUAUGGAAAACAUGAAAGCUUCUGAUUUGACAACCUUAUUCGAUAAUGCAGAGAGCAGUCUGCGUGACAGACGAUUUUGCUAACAGGCCAAUACGUUGCUGGACAUCGAAACGAUAUUUGAAUUUGCUCC